UGAAGAGGAAGUCGGCCAUUUUGGGUCGAAGCCGCCGUUUUCAGCAAAUUCUCCUACUUUUGAUUCGCCCAGAUAAGCUCCAAUAAGAAGGACGAAUAAAAGACAGAUGGGCGACAACCAAACAGCGAAGGAUUGUGUUACUGCUAUCAUUAUUUCUAACGGUUAAACAUUCGGCGUGCCAAAUUGAGCCGUGACCAAUUUUGCUGGACAAAAAUAAACAAACGCAACAGGAGAGUUAAUUGGCACUCACGGCCGUUCUAAAACUGGAAAAAAAAAAAAAAAGCCCAGUGGGGACGCUAACCACGCCACGGAGAGACGUAUCCGUGGCGUCUGCACAGUUUGACUACAAAGUGACAUCUGGACCCUGCUGCCGCCGCCGGACGUGCGUGCAGCCUUGCGUGUCGCUUUGGACUUGAACGCCUCAGCCAAGGCCGCAUUCCCGCCGCUCUCUAAUGUUUCAAUUAAUCGCGCCGCUGUCACGGACAGCGCUCGGCUAACAGGAAACAUUUGCAAAGCCCACCCCCCGGCUUGUUGAUUGACGUAAUUAGGAUCGCUAAAGAUUUUUCGUUACCCCCGCCCUCCGAAAGUUCUCCAGCCUUCUUGUAUCAUGAAACAGGAAUGCAAUCGUUUAUAUGGGAGGGCUGUGAAGCGCGAGCAUGGGAGUGGAAACCGAAGCCCUUUUUCAUAAUACGGACGCAGUUGCGGGGCACCUGAUAAACUUGGCCCCAAAACGCAAAAGGAGCUUCUACGUUCCUGUGUCGCUUUUGGUUUUCCACAGGCCCAAGAGUGCAUCGGACUGCAAAUGUCGGUGUGGUAAACAUGGACAGUGGCCAAACGGUUAUGGGCAGCGCAAAUUGGUUCCGUGCUGGGUGGGACACAAUGAAAUGGGUGGCUGAGCGAGCGCCUCCCACGUUUCGAGUGCUAAAUGGGAUGAGGGACGCUCCCACCGGGGAGGUCAAGGUCAGCGGGUUCCCCGUGAACGUCCCAAGAUGGCGGCCCGGAACGCACGACUCAAAGAUGGACGCAGUCGUGGACCAGUGCUAAACGUGGACAGUGAGAAAAACGACAGAGGAAAGCGUCUUGUGCUGGGCGGUGCAGUUCCCUCGAAAGCAGGCGUCACGCGCCAUCUACCGGCGAGUCAGAAUAAUUAUUUCCCGGCGAGCGCGCGACGCGGAUUGCAUCUGGAUUCCGAGCGGGUCCGACGAGGUCAAAGUCCGCCGAUUGUGCGAAGAUUUGCAGGAUUGCAGAGCAAACACAGGAAAAAUCCACGUGGGAACGCUGGCGGCGCUUGUCAACGAAAGUGGAAGGGUGAGUCGACUUGCGGCUAACGCACCAGACUUUCGGAUGAUUCGCUUGUCACGUCCAACUGACUCCAGUCGGCAAACUCGGGAGAGUCCCUGCGGAUGCUUCGCUGGGAUUGAAUCACCGACUGGAGUUUCCGGAUUCGUUGAAUCAGUUCGGGGACAGGACAGGACAGGACAGGACACUCAAUACAGAGAAUCAACCAGAUUACUUUUGUUAGUGGCUCUAAAAAAUUUUUUUCCCCAAGUAACGUCACAUUUUACACACGUUUGCUCAUGGUGUGAAGACCUGGACCUGGGUAGUGAAACACACACACACACACCUACACACACGCCUAUACACACACUAUAACACAUGUAAUAAUCUAAAUGAUGUGCUAGCCCUUUAUCAAGCCUGACUCAUGGUCAGCGACAU